AUGACAUCCCCCACCCCCCGAACCCUCGACCAAGCAAGAAUAAACUCCCCCACCUCGCACCCAGACUUCCAACUCCCCUGGAUCCAAGCCAUCCUCUGCAACCCCACGACCAAAAUCACCCCCCUCGUCACCUCAGGCUCACAAAGGACCUCCGAAGAAAACGCAACAAGGAACAACAACACCAUGCUCAACCAAACCCUCACGCACCCCACCGGCCUGCGCGCCCGCAUCACCUUCCAACGCCCCUGCACGGAACCAGACUCCCUGACCAAACGGGAAUUCUGCUUCCUCCUGUCCCUGGGCACCGGCCUCGACGGGGCUUCCGGGCGCGCACACGGCGGCUUUUCCAGCCUGGUGAUGGACGAUUUGCUGGGGAAUUGUGCGUACACGGAAGCGGAGCGCGGCGGGUAUCCGCCGGCGACGGCGACGUUGACGGUGGAUUACCGGGCGCCGGUGAAGACGCCCGGGGUGGUGUUGGCGCGGGCGUGGAUGGUUUCGUGGGAGGGGCGGAAGAUUUGGCUCAAGGGGGUGGUGGAGGAUGGAACGGGGGGUGUUUGCAAUGCGGCGAGGGCGUUGUAUAUCAAUCCGAGGGAGGAGGGAAAGGCGGCUUUGUGA